AUGCCACGGUCUUACAAAAGAAAAUCAGCAAGAGGAUCAUACGGAGAAGAGUCGCUUCGUCAGGCAUUAGCGGCCAUUCAUGAUGGAACACCAGUGAAAACAGCUGCACGGCAGUACGGUAUUCCUCAACGAACACUAAGACGACACCGGGAUAAGAAAGUAUUACAGCCGGGAAAAUUGAAAUUGGGACGAUUCGAAUUGGAUAUACCCAUUCAAUAUGAAAAAGAAUUGGUGUCCCUAAUUCAAAAUAUGGAAAAGGCUUUAUUUGGUUUAAGCAUUAUGGAUGUGCGAAAAUUGGCAUAUGAUUUUGCUGAGAAAAUGGACCUGGAGCAUCGAUUUAGUAAUGAGACAAAAAUGGCAGGAGUAGAUUGGAUACACGGUUUUUUAAGGAGAAAUAACCAACUGUCAAUAAGACAGCCUGAGGCAACAAAUAUCUCACGAGCAGUUGGUUUUAAUCAGGAGAAGGUUAAAUCUUUUUUUGACAUUUAUGAGGAACUUCAGUCCCUAUACUCGUUUAAUGCUUUGACAAUCUGGAACGUCGAUGAAACGGGUAUUUCAACAGUGCAAAAACCAGUAAAAGUGGUUGCGACUAAAGGCACUAGACUUGUUGGUCGUAUGACAAGCGGGGAACGGGGUCAAACUACAACAGUAAUGUGUGCUUUCAAUGCAGCUGGGAUGUACAUACCUCCAAUGUUUAUUUUUCCACGGAAGCGUAUGGUUGACUCUUUGAUGAAUGAGGCACCACCAGGUGCUAUUGGAGUUUGUACCCCAAGCGGUUGGACAGACAGUGAAUGUUUUAUGAGAUGGUUGAAUCAUUUUACAUUUAUUGUAAAGCCCUCAAAAAAAGACAAGCAUCUUAUUUUUCUUGAUGAACAUCACUCUCACAAAACACUUGAGGCAGUGACAUUUUGUCGUGAAAAUGGAAUUGAAUUAAUAACAUUUUCACCCCACUGCACACAUAAGAUGCAGCCUCUUGAUGUUUCCUUUUUUAAAGGAUUGAAAGCUGCAUACAAUGCAACUGCAGAUGGAUGGAUGCUUAGUAACAAAGGAAGACGGAUAACCUUUUAUGAAAUAGCUGGACUAUUUUCAACAGCAUUUUUGAAAGCAGCCACCCAAGAAAAAGCUGUGCAUGGUUUUGAAUGCACUGUCACUUUAGCUCAACCAACACCUGAAUCUGUGAAACCUGCACAGGAAGUUGAUCAUGCAAAGAAAGAUCCUAAAACGACACUGUUGAAGAUCAUGGGUCCAAUUAAAAUUGACAACGUGAGAAUUAGAAAACGAAAAUCAGAAAAAGCUGCCCUUUUGACAUCUAGUCCUUACAAAAAUUUACUCGAAAAAAGGGAAAAUUCAAAGACUAUGUCAAAACGACAACUGAUAAAAGGUAGCGGUAAAGAAAAAAAGAAAAAAAUUGUGAAGUAUUACCGUGUAAUACUUGUCAGUUGA